AUGGAAGGCUACAACCCGCAGGAAUACAAUAUAAUCACGCUCGAGCGCUAUGUGCUUGGCGAGGGCCACAAGUCUCCGGACCAGCGUAUUGCGUCGCGUGAGUUCACCCUGCUCAUGAGCUCGCUGCACACCACUUGCAAGGUCAUUGAGAAUCUCGUGCGCAAGGCGCGCUUGAACAACUUGGUCGGUGUUGCAGGCAAUCAGAAUGUGCAGGGCGAGGACCAGAAGAAACUCGAUGUGAUUUCCAACGAGGUCAUGGUCAAUGCACUCAUUUCUUCGGGCCAGUCUGCCGUGCUUGUCUCGGAAGAGGAGGAGCAUGCAAUCAUUGUUGGCGACCGCACCAACAGCGCGGCCGGCCAGUACUGCAUCGUUUUCGACCCUCUCGAUGGUUCGAGUAACAUUGAUGCCGGGGUGAACAUCGGAACCAUCUUUGGUAUCUACAAGAUCCGUGAGGGCUCCACGGGUAGCAUCCAGGAUGUGCUGCGUCCUGGUCGUGAGAUGAUCGGCGCUGGCUACUGCAUGUACGGUUCGUCGGCCAACAUUGUGCUUUCGAGUGGUUCGGGCGUACACGGAUUCACGCUGGACAAUAGCAUCGGCGAGUUUAUUCUCACGCACCCCAACAUCAGUGUGCCUGCGCGCGGUAAUAUUUACUCGAUUAACGAAGGCAACUCGAUGUACUACCACGAACCUGUGCUUGACUACCUCAACUCAAUCAAGUUCCCUGAGCCGCCCAAAAAGCCCUACUCUGCACGCUACAUUGGCUCUAUGGUAGCCGAUGUACACCGCACCCUGCUCUACGGCGGUAUUUUCUGCUACCCCGCCGACAAGAAGUCGACCAAAGGCAAGCUGCGUCUCUUAUACGAGGCGUUCCCCAUGGCCUUUUUGACGGAGCAGGCCGGUGGUAUUGCCACUACCGGUGAAAAGCGUGUUUUGGACGUGCAGCCCACGAGUAUCCACGAGCGCUGCCCUAUCUUUUUGGGCAGCAAAGACGAUGUCAGUGACCUGCUCUCCUUCUUCAAGAAGUAA